UGUUGAGUUGUGCUAAGCAGUAAUAAAGUCCUAAAUGUUCGAUUUCACUCACAGUUCAGUACUUAGUCGCGCUCACGAUGCUUUGAUACCAUUUAAUUACCACCGCAGUGACAGUGAACAUAACUUGUGAAGACGCUGCUCAUUUAUAUUAUUAAAGAAAAAUGCCCACUCACGUCGAAGUGAAAUCUGCGCUGGACCUAGGGGAACCCUCCAAGGAGUUGUUGUGUUGGGCCGAAGAAAACAUUCGAGAGGAUCCAAACACGAGAUGUCAAAUCUUAGAUGAUUUUAGAGAGAUGAUUUAUUCCAGAGGUGAAUGCACUCCUGUCAGGAUUGAUGAUUCGUUUUUGCUGCGUUUUUUAAGAAGCCGAAAAUUCGUAUUGGAAUCCGCAUACAAACUUUUUCUCAAUUAUCACGACGACUUGAGAGACGAAAACUCCGCCUACAUCCAUGGCGUUGGCUUCGAGCUUUUGGAGAAGAUCGGCGACAACGAUUUGAUCAUCGUUCCACCGUAUAGAGACCAGACAGGAAAAAGGAUUCUUUUGUAUAAGCUCGGUAAUUGGAUUCCAGAAUCCGUGACAAUCGAUGAGAUUUUAGCAGCCACUCAGCUAAUCCUAGAGCUAGCGAUAUUGGAGGAAAGGGCCCAAAUUUUAGGAGGAAUUUGUAUCAUAGACUGCGAGAACAUAACUAUGCAACAUGCUUUGCAUAUGACACCAUCAGUUGCUCGGAAGGUUGUUCAAGUGGCUGUGACCUCACAUCCCAUGCGAUUAGAAGCAAUGCAUAUCGUGAACAAUUCGUGGGCCUUUGAGAUGUUUUUCAACUUUUUCAAGCCUUUGCUACGGGGGAAAAUGAUGGAAAGGCUCUAUUUUCACGGAACUGAUAUGGAGAGCUUGCAUAAGCAUGUGGACCCCAAAAAUCUGCCACAGAAAUACGGGGGGUGCCAACCCUUUUAUGACUAUCGCGACUGGAUAAGGGGUUUUCGCAAAGACAAAACUAUUAUCGAAGAAUUGAAAUCAUUGGGAUAUAAAGUGUAGUAAUGUUUGUAGUAAUUAGAACAAUAAAUUCCAAUAGGUGUCGUAAGGCUGAUUUAGAGAUCUUGUACUUAACACGUUGGUUAUUUUGACCAAUGAUUUUAUAGAUAGCAUCUUAUUUAGUAGGUAUUCUGAAGCAAUGUACAAUUUAAUUUUAAUUUUUCUACUUAUUAAUAAACGUAUAACCAUUC